AUGGGACUCAGCUGCUUCAAGUCCUGGAAACAUGACAGUACAGGCCACAAAGGUAACAGAGACGUGCUGGCCAGCCCAGGCUCCUACUUCUUCCUGUCUAACAGCGCCGGUCAGGGGGACGAGUGGUUGAAGAGCCUUAACAAGGGAGUCUGGAUCCCUUUUACAGGGGUCUUUGGCCAGCGUCUGGAGGAGACGGUGCUGUAUGAGCGGCGCUAUGGGGUGCGUUUGGUUCCUCUGGUGGUGGAGCAGUGUGUGAACUUCAUCAGGGAGCGUGGCCUCCAUGAGGUGGGCUUGUUUCGUCAGCCGGGACAGGCCAGUCUGGUCAAAGAGCUGCAGGAGGCGUUCGAUUCAGGGGAGAGGCCGUCCUUCGACAGUAGCACAGACGUCCACACGGUGGCGUCGCUGCUGAAGCUCUACCUCCGACAGCUGCCGGAGCCUCUGGUCCCUUACAGCCGCUACCAGGACUUCCUGCUCUGUGGUCACAAGCUGUCAAGCGACCGAACGCUGGGUUUGGGCGAUCUGAGGAAGCUUCUUCACGAGUUGCCGGUUGCAAACUUCAACCUGCUCAGCUUCAUCUGCCAGUUUCUGAACGAGGUCCAGAGUUACUCCAGCAGCAACCGGAUGAGCGUCCAGAACUUGGCCACCGUGUUCGGGCCGAACAUCCUCCGAGCGAAAGCCGAGGACCCGCAAAGCAUCAUGGGAGGCGCAGCACUGGUCCAGGUUCUGAUGUUGGAGCUGAUCAGAGAACACGAGUCUCUGUUCGCCAAAAUCCCUCCGUCCGUCUACGCCCGUCCACCUGGAGGUUCUCACGCGUCGCCGGGGGCCCUGAAGCAGCCUCACCUCCACCCGCUGCCCUGCCUUCGCCAGCUGUCCCUGCCCCUCAUCGCAGAACGCUCCAGAGAACCGGGGCAGGCCGCCGCGGACUCGGAGAACGCCAGCUGUAUCUUCUCUGCUGCCGCCAGAUCAGACUUCGUCCAGAAGAGACACCUCGGCCACCGCUACACCUCCUCCCACCCGGAGAACUGUUUCUACCCGCCGUCCUCCUCCACUCAGCCCAUCCAGAACCCCUCAGACGGACCCGGCGUGGACUACCAUCGUCACCACACCGCCCGAGGACCCUCCCCCGCAGCAGCCUCCACGUCCAGCCUCCAGCUCCAGGACCCGCUGCCGGACAGCUCCAAGCCCAGGCGGAUGCUAAUGGGCUGGGCUAAGGCUUGGCCCGGCCCGGAGGAGGGCGGCGCCGCCUUCUGGAGGCCGAGUGGUGCUGCGGAGGAGGGCACAGUUCCAGAAACAGCCAGCGGGGGCAGCAGCGAGGCUCCAGAGGACAGCACCCCCUCCGCCUACGACAACCUGGACAGGGCGUCUCCACGUCAGGACGAUGCUGCUGGUGGACGUCUGGAAGCCAGCUCUCCAGGAGGCCACACUGGUGGUGAGGAGGAGGUGCAGGAGGCCAGGCAGAGGAGGGACUCUUCUUCUUCGUGGUCUUCCUGCGAGGUUCUACCGCUGGAUGAGAGCAGCGAUGACGUGGGGGCAGUUAGUCCUGGUGUGUUGCCAGAACGGUCUAAAAGUUUGCCCUCAGGUCGGGUAGCGGAGGAAGAACACAGCGAUAAAGACGAGCAUGAAGAUAAUGAAGAUGAAGAUGACGUCCACCAUCCAAACUCGCCGGCCUCCGGCUCGGUGCUCAGCGGCAGUCCUCUGAGUACGGGCAGCUCAGAGGUGUUCCUCCCAUCUGGACCUCCAGACCUCCAGGGGCCUGAGGCCCACCUGCAGCCCGGCGACGCUCACUCGCUGCUGGCCGAGCUGAGGAAGCAGAUGGCCCAGCAGAGGGCCGAGUACCAGGCCAGGAUCCAGAGGCUGGAGCGCUGCAACGACGUCCUCGAGCGGCAGGUCGCCGUCCUCCGGGUCAGCCUGGAGCGGCAGAAACGCAGCCGGAGCGUCGCCGAGAUCAAGAUCCGCAACAUGGAGCGAGCCAAGGCCGACGCCGACCGCCGAAACUCCACGCUGCAGAGGGAGAUGGAGAUGUUCUUCCAGAUGUACGGAGACUUCAAAAGAAGAGGAGGAGGCAAAGGAGGGACGGGCAGCAUCUGA